AUGGCAGCAUCCAGCUCCCACCCCGCCUUUCCCAGCCGGCCAUACACCUCAGGCUUAGGACGCACUGGAGGCCAGAGCGCGUUCGGAUCGACACCAUACAAUGCGCAGACACCAUUCAACGCGCCGGCGCAGAAUGCAGGAGGCUUUGGUGCGGCGAGCGCGGCGCCGACACAGCAGCAAAGAGAAGCGCAGCGCUUAGAACGCGAGCGACAAGAACGGGUGGAGCGCGAGCGGAGGGAACUGGAAGAGCGAGGAGUACUGGAGUCGCUGAGCGAGGAGCAGAGGGAGGAGGUUAACGAGGCUUUCUCCCUCUUCGACCUAGACAAAGACAACUACAUCGACUACCACGAGCUCAAAGUCGCCCUCAAAGCCCUCGGCUUCGACCUCCCCAAACCCGACAUCCUCUCCAUCCUCCAAACCCACGGCGUCCCCGCCUCGCAACUCCAGCAAGGCGGCAGCAGUAGCAACAGCAAGCAACCCGUGCCCUCGCAGCCCACCUUCUCGGGCCCUUCGCGAUUACUGCUGUCGCACGCGCAUUUCUUGACGAUCGCGGCACAGCGCAUCAUCGCGCGAGAUCCGAGGGAGGAGAUAUUGCGCGCGUUUGAGCUAUUUGAUCAGGAAGGCAAGGGGAGGAUCGAGUUGAAUGAUCUGCGGAGAGUAGCGCGCGAGCUGGGUGAGGGGCUGCAAGAGGAAGAACUGCAGGCCAUGAUUGAAGAAUUUGAUGUCAGAGGAGAGGGCGGUAUUGGAAGGGACGAGUUUGUUGGUAUCUGUUUGGGUUAG